AUGUGUAAGGCUAUUCAAUUUCCUUGUGUUGUAUCAGAGCAAUGCAUUCCUAUAGGUCAACGAUGUAAUGGAAUUAAAGAUUGUGCAGAUGGGACAGAUGAAUUGGAUUGUGAAAAUUGUGGUUCCGGCAAAUUCUUUUGCCGAAAGUCUGGAAAAUGUAUACAAGCAAAAGAAAGGUGUGAUGGUUAUGCUCAAUGUCCAAAUGGUAAAAACAAUAGGAGAAUGUUUUGA